GCGGUGCAACACGCAGCGGAGCACAAUCAGGGCUUGAAAAUGUAGCCGAGCUUCAUCAAUCUACAUCAAGGCCUCGGACGCGGUACGAGGGAAUCCCAUGGGCAAGGGCAAGUCAAGAGGCACUAAGGCUCACCCUGAAUCCCAAUCACAAGAUCAGUCAAGUCAACAAUGCCCUCCUGAGCUCGAGGGAGGAUGGGCAGAUGCGAGCGGGCCAGACGAAAGCGCAGAAGAGGAAGCAGCACUCUAUGAUGCGGCAAAGGUCGUGAAUCGCCCAGCAUACGAUACAAAGCACCUCGACGUACUCCAGUACAACGUUCCCGAGCUAAAUCUCACCCUCACCCUUCACCAAUCCUCCACAACUCACUCCACCUCCUCCUCUCUCUGGCUCUCCUCACAAGUUCUAGCAGCCUACCUUCUCCAUACUCCACGCUACGCUCGAAAUCCCCGAAGAGGAGCGCUAGCAGUCGAGCUCGGGGCAGGGGUAGGGUUCCUAUCGGUGCUUCUGGCGCAUAUGGGGUGGGAUGUCCGGGCAACGGAUUUGCCUGAGGUGCUGCGGGGAGUGAUGAAAAAGAAUGGCCGGGAAAAUGCCGUGCUGGAGAGGCUUGGAAUGAAAGGGCGGAUGAGGCGGAGGGAACUGGACUGGGAGCAAUGGACCGGCACGGUGGAGGAGGUUCAGCGCCUCACCUCUUCAGCAUCCGACUCAUCAGCCUCAUCCUCGUCCUCGUCCUCAAGUGAAGAGGAAAAUGCUCCAUCUCAAGACGAGGCUCGUCGCAUCAACCUCGUGCUAGCAACCGACACGCUCUACGUCCCACACCUCGUCGAGCCCUUCUGGCGUACCUUUUCCUCCCUCCUCACUUCUUCUUCCUCCUCCAGCGGCAGCGCAGUGCAAGCCGAGCUCCAGCCCGAGCUCCAGCCCGAGACGCACGGUCUCGUUGCACUCGAAAGGCGAGACUCUCCCUUUAUAACUUCUUCCCUCGAAGCAGCGCAGCGCUUUGGAUUGCAACUGACGAGGGUGUCGCAGAAGAAGUUGAGGAGGAUAGUGAGAGAUGCACUGAAGUGGGAGGAGGAGGUUUGGUGUGGUGUGGAGAUUUGGGAGGUGAAGGUGAAGGUGAAGGAGGAGCAGCAGGAGCAGCAAUGAGAGGAUUGCGGGAGUCACUCAGUCUCAGCUACGUCACUGUCACAAGCUACAUUCU